CAGUCAUCGCGUACCUAAUGUCAUUGGCAUUGCCCAUAGGCUACGGGUGAUACUUGACAUUUUAAACUAUUUUUUUAUAAAUAUAUUUAAAUACUACAGUAAUUAAUAGUAAGAUAUGCAACAAAGUCAAGACUGAUAAUACUAAUAGUCAAUUAAGAAGAUACUUCGGUUGAUUCCUUUGUGCUGUUUUCGUGCGUCGUUGAAAUACAAUGAAUUUCCUUUUUAGAAAAAGGCAGCACAAGGAGGAACCCAACAUCGCUGUUAUAGGAACUCCAACAAAUGUUAACCACGAUAUUCAUGUUACAGUAAACACAGAAGGAAAGCUCACAGGUCUCCCUUCAGCAUGGAUGAGGCAAAUUGGUACUCAAAUCACAAAAGAUGAACAGAGGGAGAAUCCACUGGUAGUGAAACAAGUCCUGCAAUAUUAUAACUUUUCCAUAAAAAAGAACGAAGAAAGGGCCGAAUUUAAGCACAUAGUUACAGAGAGGGACCUGGUAGAAGAAUCCAAGCAAAUAGAUCUUUAUACACUUUCGAAAGAUGCACACAAGAGCAAGGAUUCUUUGUCUGACUCAGACAAAGAACAAAAAGAUGACAAAAGGUCAUCGCAUCCAGUUAGACCUCCUAGAAAAAUAGACGGAUCCAACCUAAUUCAGACCAAAAACCUCGCACAAAACCUAGUAGACCUUACUCUCGUCGACGAACCUAAAGUUAAGAAAGAAGACGUAGAAUAUAGAAAUAAGUCGGACCCUACCAUAGACGACGACGACGUGAUAAGAAGACGAAGCGGCUUAUCCGACGAGGACUACAUGGACGAGAUUCGAAGGAUUUGCAAUCCCGGACAUCCCGACGAUUUCUAUGAACGAAGCUACAAAGACUUGGGCUCCGGCGCGUCAGGCAUCGUAUUCUCUGCCACCUGUAAAAAAACAGGUGAACUAGUCGCCAUUAAAGAUAUUGAUAUGACAAAGCAACACAAGAAGGAUCUUUUACUUAGCGAGAUUAAGAUUAUGAAGAAUUUCAAACACAAAAAUCUAGUGAAUUUCCUCGACGCCUUCGUCGUCAACGACGACCACUUAUACGUCGUGAUGGAGUUGUUGGACGGAGGUCCGCUGACGGACGUGGUUACCGAAACGGUGAUGAAAGAAGGCCAGAUUGCUGCUGUUUGCUGCGAAGUGCUGCAAGCCAUUAGUUAUUUGCACGAAAGGGGCACCAUUCACAGGGAUGUCAAAUCGGAUAAUGUGUUGCUAGGUAUGAAUGGAACCGUAAAAGUCACCGACUUUGGAUUCUGCGCCAACGUAGUAGGAAACGAACAAAGAGAAACCAUGGUAGGCACUCCAUAUUGGAUGGCUCCAGAGGUCGUAACCAGACAAAAGUACGGAAAGAAAGUCGACAUUUGGUCCUUAGGUAUAAUGAUCGUCGAAAUGCUGGACGGGGAACCACCGUAUCUCAGGGAGCCGCCACUGAGAGCUUUGUAUCUCAUCACCGCCAACGGAAGGCCCAAAAUCGUACGAUGGGACACGUUAUCGGAAAAACUGCAAAGUUUCAUGGAUUUGUGCCUUCAAGUUGAUGUCGAUAAAAGAGCUUGUGCUAAGGAGUUGCUGCAGCAUCCUUUCCUAGAAGAAAGGAUGGAAUUGAGGACUCUGACACCGCUUAUUAAAGCCGCGAAGAAGAUGUUACACAAGACUUAAGUUCACUCUCGUCCACUUCGAUACUUCUCAACAGUUUGUGACAGAAAUAUACACGAUACGUUCUUUUUAGACGGUCAAUACUUAGAUCAAAACAUGUAAUCAUUUAUAUAUCUCUUUUUUCUAGCGCCUAAACAAGUUACAAUUCAUCAGAUACUAUAAAUAUUACUGUCUGGCAAUUGUGAUGUGUUUAUGUUUAUAAAAUAAUUUUGGGUAUCCGUCUAGAAAGAAUUCCUACAGAAUUACAUGAAUUUUGUGAACGUUUGUAGAUGUUUAUCCAUCCAGGCUAAGGACUAUUUAUUUGAUUUUUAUGCGUUUGAUGUUUGUAGCCAAAGAAUCAACUCAUAUUUUACCAGGGAAGGUCUACGUUCUCUUUGUCUUCUGUAGCUGUCUUCUUUCACGUCUCCUUUGGCGAUCCGUACUAUUUGUCUGCACGUUGAAUCUAUCCAUGUAUGUCUUGAUUUAUUAUAUGUCAACAGUAGUCAAAAGCGGGUUUGCCAUUCUGUGAAUUAUCAUAAAUAAAUCAUCCUUUAGUAUUCCACAGCAGUUAACAGCGAUAAUCCUCUACAAGUACCUGCCUAAUACUACUUUUCAUGGCCUCUGUCGUGAAGAGUGGCAACGUUGUCAGAAAAUUCUCAUUUAGUUGGCAUGGGGCUAUCCUUGUACACUGAAUAGCAUGUUUGGAAUACGCUAUAGAUGUACAGUAACUGGAGACACAGUUUAAGCAUAAUAGCAAGCCAGAUUCAACAGGUAGGUACAGGAAGGCCAGAUUCAAUAUAGCCUCGGGUCGCAUUCUACAGGAACUGGAGGACUAUAAUCACUAUACUGUAUACAGGGUAUGGAUAUAACACACAAUUUAGACCAAAAAAGUCCUAUAACAUUUUUUUUUUAAAGUUAACCGUUUCCAAAAAAAAUUACAUUGUUGUCCAUAUAGGUGAAUUUUUAUUUUCAUAAAUUUGAAUGACAUGGCAACGUAGCCUAGAAGAACUUGAUGUGACUGUGGAAAUUUAACCUAAUAACCCCUUGUUUAUUUACUUUGAGGUGUGAUUUUUGGGGUUCUUGGCAUCGUAGGUACCUACCUGCAAAAUAAUGGAUAUGGGUUUGGUUGAUAUUUACAUUAUUUUACCUACCAGAUGCAACUGACCUACAAACCUACUUUUUUAAUCUUUAGAUUUUUGAGUUGCGCGUUGUUGCCAGACUUCAAUUUGCAUAUCAAAAUGUAUUUUCGUUUUUUGGUCAAACGGAUGAAUUUAGAAAAAACCGUUAUAAGACUGUUUUGCUCUACAUUGUGCCUUCUACCUGUACCUUUAAGGAACGCACUAUUUUCGGGGACACACUGUAUAAUUAUACUGUAACUGAAGGAACAGAUCCAAUAUUGGAAAGAAAUCCUUUGUAAAAGGUAUAAAGGUUAUAACUAAGGUUAUAAAAGGUUAUACCUUUUACAAAGGAUUUCUUUCCAAUUUUGUGAUUGAUGGUAUACAGCCAACUACAGGAAAACCUUUUCUUUUCCUUGUGGAUUUUUUAGAUCCAAUAUAUUCGAGAACCGAAUUUAUCACUUACUAGAUGUCAUAUUCGGUCCUAAUCGCGGGCCCCAUUCAUCAGCAACUGAGGCGCUAUUCCGUGGAAAAUCGAUUCAGUAGAUUCAACAAUAACAACAGGGGCAGAUGCAACAUAUUCACAGGUCUGAUUUGACAAUAAAUUAGACAUUACCGAAAUUCUACAUUAACUGAAGGUUUUAUGUUACUGUAGUUGCAGUGCCAGAUUCAACAAUAACGGAGGGGAUAGUAGCGAUGCAUCAUCGGUUCAGAUUCAACACACAAUUAAUUUGAUUCAGCUGUAACGGAAGAGAUAAGGUAAAAUAUAGUGGUGGA